UACAUCCCUCUCUCCACGUUCACUCAUCCAAGCAUUUCGAAGACACCAUCACGGGUCGUCGAUUGCAGGGAAUACUCCAAGCAUCAACAACACCAUAACAGAUCUUCAAAAAAAGAAUGCGGGAGUAUAAGAUUGUUGUGCUCGGAUCUGGAGGAGUAGGAAAAUCCGCACUGACGGUACAAUUCGUGCAGGGAAUUUUCGUAGAGAAGUAUGACCCAACAAUUGAGGAUAGUUACAGAAAGCAAGUGGAAGUCGACGGCCAGCAAUGUAUGCUUGAGAUACUGGAUACAGCAGGAACGGAGCAAUUCACAGCGAUGCGUGAUUUGUACAUGAAGAAUGGACAAGGAUUUGUUCUCGUUUAUUCAAUUACUGCUCAAUCGACAUUCAAUGAUCUUAUGGAUCUUCGUGAUCAGAUUCUUCGUGUCAAAGAUACGGACGAGGUUCCAAUGAUUUUGGUAGGAAAUAAGUGUGAUUUGGAAGACGAACGAGUUGUUGGAAAAGAUCAGGGACAGAAUCUCGCCAGGCAGUUUGGAUCAGCAUUCCUUGAAACCUCUGCAAAAGCAAAGAUUAACGUCAGCGAGGUGUUCUACGACCUCGUUCGUCAAAUAAACCGACGUUAUCCCGAAUCUGGUCGACGCCAGGGACAAUCAAAUAAGCAGUGCUGCUCGUGUGUCAUCAUGUGAUUAUCUUUAUCUACAAAAUUUGAAAAUAUAUUUAUUCAUCUUCUCAUCAUCAAUUUUUCCCCAUAACUUCCUUUUACAAGGUACUCGCCGUUCUUUUUCUCCGUUGAAUCAAUCAUCAAAAUCAUAAUAACCAUUCGCUUCUGGUUCAUCUGGACAUUUCCAUUUAAUUACUAGUAGUUUCUUUUGUUUCAUUCAUUUCCAUUUCCACUCGAAAGUAUUACCUGUUUUAUAACCCACACACAAAACUCUUAGCUUCUAAUGACAUCAUCAACAUCAUCAUUCUUCCUAAUUUUGCAUGAAAACCCCGUUUAACCAGUGUGCCUUCUCAAUUGAAGUUUCCAGUUAUUUACAUUCAAAAAACAUAAUAUCCCACGAAAACGCCGUCGAAAAUUCCAAUUUUUUGAAACAUUUUGUCCCCCAAAUGAGGCAUAUCUUUGAUCCUCCAACAUCAUUUCUCGUUUUAUUUUAAUUAAUUUAUAUUUAUUUUUGUUCAAUUUUACAAAUUUUUACACUAAAAAUGUUCCACUCGACCCAACAUUAACUUAUUCUAUUCUAUUCCAAUCUUCCCUCUCCCCCCAUCCAUCUCCCCAACCUUCAUCAUUCUUGCUUUGAAUUAAUAAAUUUGAUCAAUGAAA